AUGCCGCCCGAGGGCACGAAGCGCAAGGCAGCUACCAGCAGCGGUGGCGGCGGCGGCAACGGCGCCGGCGGGGCCAAAGCAGCCAAGGGCAGGGCAGCUAAGGGGAAACAUCCGACCAAUCCUCCAAAGGCCAGCCCCCCCACCAAGGCCGCCAAGCCCAAGACGCCCUCUUCGGGCACCAGCGUCGGCAGCAGCGGCGCCCCUGGCGCCACGUUGUAUGCUGUCAAAUGCAGCCGCACCACAAGGGUCGCCUUGAUCUCGAACGAGGCCCUCACAGACCCAUAUGGCGAUGAGACAACCGAAACAGCGGAGUUGAUCAACAAAAAAGCCGUCCGCAUGGACGGCACGUGGUUCUGGAGCGGGCCCGGCAGCCGCGCACCCAAGAAAGGCCCCGCUCCUGGCCUGGUGCUGUACAGGAGCAAGGCCGCCGCCAACAAAGCAGGCGAGAAGGCGUGGGCCGAGCUGAUGCAGGGUCACCCCUUUGACUGCCGCGUGGCGGGCAACGAGGAUCAACUUGAGGAGUUUGAGGAUGCAGACGAGUAUGAAGAUGAUGGUGAGGACGAAGACUCGGACGAGGACGAGUAUGGAGGUGCUUACGAGUGCGAGGGCGAGGGCGAGUAUGAGGAUGAGGUUACAGGUGUUGGCGCCCGCAGGCGCAAGCGACGCAAGCGCGCAGCCGCAGCCGCCGACGACAGCGGCAGCGACAGCGGCAGCGACAGCGACAGCGACGUGGAGCACGACGACGGGGCCAGCGACGCCGACCCCGACGACUUCAAGACAAUGGCCCCCGGCGGCCUGGCGGCAUGGGUGCGGCGCGAGAAGUUUCUGUACUGCCCGUACAAUGAGGGCACCCCCAACAUCGUGAGCAGCAAGGCCAAGGUGGAGGUCGUAGGGGUGGUUGUAAAGUGA